AGUUUUUUUUCUGUCAGGCGUUGUCGCGACGCGCAACGGGUCACAUCGCUGGUCUUCGCCUACAUUGAAGAAGCAGUCAACGUUGCACGGGGGACGCCAGUCAUACACAGCCUCUCAGCACUACCGUUAAUCGAUUUCUUGUGUUGACUUUGAAUUCCCCCCUCAUCGCCCCGUGCGCACUUCGUCUACACUUCAUCUUUUAUUUUGAAACAGAUCCUUUUCUUUUUUGGUACUUUCUUUUUUUUCCUGGCUAGGUUGUCGUACGUUCUUUACUCUUUGAACCGCAGAAGCCGUUUUCUUUUACGCUCUUCUGUGCCGGUGAUCGCAGCUGCGCAUCAAACAUAAGUAAGUCAAACCACUAUUUUCGCUUUUCGAUUUAUUCCGCAGAAACUGGUGUGUAUCCCCUGGCACAUUCGAAAGCAUUGAAUUGUCUCCCCCAGCUACGUUUCCCUUCUACGUUUACGUUUUUUUUUUAUGACUCUGCAGAACGUGUGUAGAUGCGUGUGGGUCAAGAAGUGAACGGUUGUAAAAGGACAAACAACAGUUGCUAUACACGCAAUCAAAUUUAGAAACUUGUUUGCUGUGAGUCGCACGUUUUCGUUCUCCUUGCAGAGGGUGUACAUCGACAGAUCACAAAUUGAAAAAAAAAAAUGCAGCCAGAGCCGCAAUCUGAGAAGCAUAAUCACUGCGAUGACGCUCUCGCCAAGCUCCCUGCGACGCGGUGGGAUCGAUUGGUGGCGGUGUUGGAGAAGAACGAGCCAGAGCGCGCCAUCGACGCCCCCCACAUCUUAGAGCGUGCCAAGAAAUUGCACUUGACGGACAUGGAUCUUUUCUACCUUCUCUCCCUGCACUAUCAGGAUAACAUGUCCCUCAUUCUACUGGAUGUGCUGAGCUUGUACGCGAUGAUGACCACUUGGGUAGACUGGAUUAAGCAGGUGCAGCGGUGCUUUAGUAUUCGGAAAGGAAAGGCGGAGGGAGGUGCGUGCCGGCCUGCCCCUCCGCCACCCGCAGGCGGGGCGCGUGUUGCUGCGGAUACGGACUUUGCACUCGCUUCGCGAUCGGGAAGCAACCUGGGCAAUUCACGACACACCAGUUCCUUGGCUGGCGACUCUUUCUCAACGGGCGCAUCGGACAACAACAAUAACAAUACGCUGCGCGACAGCGGCACCCGUAAUGGACGCAGUCGUGGUCACGCGAGCGUGCGCACCAACCGCAGCAAGGUAGGCCGUUUUAGCCACGUCAGCAACAUCCACUGCUGCUUCAAUCUCGGCCCGGAGUGGGAGUGGGAUGGCUCGUUGGAUUUUCUGCGCGACGGCCACGUGCUCAGCACGUUGGUCGAGGAGGCGCUGGAGCACUGCGGGAAGCUAGGCGACCUGCAGGAUGACCACCGCGCCCACCCUGAGGUACUCAACCGCGGCACCUAUGACGUUUUAUACCCUUCUUUGGCCGAGAUCGAUCGCCUGUCGAAGGACCCGGGCGGUGCCGGGAGCACCACCGUGUCCUCGGGUGCCAUCGCCUUUGAUCCGAUCAGCUACUUGUCGUCGUUUACCAGAUCUCGCCUCAGCCGUGAUCGCCGUGGCGAGGCGCCAGCCUCGAAGGCGCUGAAGCUGAUCGAGCAGCAGGGCCGAAACCUCGCCGCAGCGGAGCACUGGGUGACGCGACUGAACGGUAUGUGCGAGCACUUUCUUGGCUGGAGGAAGACCGUGCACAAGGGCGAGCAGUUUCUCGACAUCUGCAACUCCGACGCCCUAGUCCGUCCCUUGAAUGCGGAUGACAAGCAUCUGCUGUAUCGCCUGCACUGGCUGGCGGUCGCCCUCUAUCGCACGGUGAAGGACCCGACCAUCAUCCCCGCCCCACCGCGCCUGAGCUUCAUUGCGUGCCGCGACGACUUCACCGGUGUGUUGGACACGUCGGAGGAGGACAACGAAAUUGGGCUGCUGGUGGCGACCAAAUGCAGCUGCCUCCCCCUCAACACCAAGCUGAGCGUGACGAUGCAGAACUUUAACCGCAUCCAGUUGAAGCACCCGAAGCUCAUUUCCGGGCCCGAGACACUGCCAUGCACGCUGGUCCGCGGUGAGACCUACGUCUACUACGCAGACUACCACGUGUUUAUGCCGAUCUGGUGUGUGCUGCAGUACUACAUAAAGCAGUACGACGGCAUCCCGUGGCGCUUCGAGCCGAACCGGCAGGAGCGCGAUCGCGAGGCGCAAGUGCUCGGGAAAACCUCGUCUGAUCUGCGCGUUCGCACGGAUCCGAGCAGCGGCGAGUACGGCGCCAGCAGCAGCGGGGCAGUGUUCGACCUGACGGUGCAGAGCUCUACUGUACGCCGGGGGCGUGACAAGAACACGGCAGAGCAGUCGGCCACAACACGGCAGACGCGGAACCCGGCCGGUCCGUCGGUGCGGGGGUUGGAGGCGCUCGCCUCGCCGGAGCAUCGACAGUCCAUCCCGGACUCUGCCAACUUGUCGCCGCUCUCCGCGCAUGCCGCCCAAGCGAAGAACGUCGCCUUUGCCACCGUGCGUCGUAACCCGGUCACGGCAGCAGCAGCGGCAUCCCCGAGUUCCAGCUCUCUACUGGCUGCACUGCCCACUCCUCCGGCCCGCUCCCCUUUCCCCCCGCCGCCAAUUGAGGCAUCGGCGGCCCCCGCUCCUCCAGCACACUCUGAACUCAAUCCCUCGAUGGCGGCAACGAGCACCAGCAACCACAGCAACGUCUCGAACGGCGAGGGCGCGCCGCUGUCAAGGAGCACGACGGGGGACCAGGCAUCCAACGCGAUCUCCGACCUCGCCAACAGCAUCUCUUCCGUGAUGCCGCCCAACUGUCGGCAGGCGACCACCGCGGCUUCGGCGAUGGAGUGCAGUACGCAGCUGCUCUCCACCGCGAUAAGUGUGGGCCAUAGCACGUUCUCCGCACAGAAUUCCGUUGGUGCCGAUGCGGGCGAAGGGCGUGAGGAGAACAGCAACGACGCAGUUGCGGCCUACCGAGCUUCGGAGCCGCGAAGGGCGGCCUCCGGUGAGAACGAGGCAGUCGAGCAGGAGGCGGCCGUCGGGGCCGCUGCGGUGAAGGUCUCGCCGGUCAUCACGCCGUCGUGCACGAUUUCGUGCUCGCCGAGCUCGCACGUGAUGGUGAGUCGGGAGACCUUCAACUACGCUUGCAUCGAAGAGGAAGAAGAAUACGACGCUGGUGCGGCAACGGAUGCCUCGGCAAUGAUGUACAGUGAAAGCCGCAAAAUGCUGCGCAACUUCACAGCCUCCGUGGUGCAGGAGUCGGACCGCAACGGUAUCCUCAUUUUAUCGCACCACUUCCGUGUCAGCGGCGGUCCGAUCGGAAAAGGCGCCUUCGGUGCGGUGUACAAAGCCCUCAAUCUCGACACCGGCCGCAUUGUUGCCGUCAAGCAGUCGCGUGCCUCCUACGACGACAAGACGACGGACUUGAAUUGGCGCGAGUUUCAGACCUGGUCGAUGCUGCCCCUGCACGCCAACGUGAUCAUCUUCUACGGCGCCUCGAAAGAGGUGGAUACGCAUCAGCUACUGCUCGUGAUGGAGUACGCCAGCGGUGGGAGCAUCGUGCAGCUCUACCGGCAGUUCCGGCCUAUUCCCGAGCCGCUCUUCUACGACCACGCAUGCGGGAUGGCGCGUGGCAUCAAACACCUUCACGAUCACAACGUUAUACACGGCGAUGUGAAACCGGAGAACGUGCUGACGCGCUCAGAUGGCAGCGUGGCUAUCACCGACUUUGGGUGCAGCCGCUUCUCCAUCGCGAGCUCCGACAGCGACAGCUCGACGCUGCAGCCGGCACAGAGGGACAGCAACUCCUGGCAGCUGUUUGGCACGGCGGCGUACAUGGCGCCGGAGGUGAUUCUGAACGAGCCGCACCUGAAGUCCGACGUGUGGGCCUACGCGUGUACGCUGCUGCAGCUGUGGCUGGGCAAGUCGCCGUGGUCGGGUGGGGUGCGGCACUUUUCGGCGCAGGACUCCGUUCCGCUGAUGUUCUACAUCGCAGAUGAAGACGUCGUGCCGUUCACAGAGGAGCAGAUGGAAAACUCACCUCGCUGGCUGCAACGCAUUGCACAGCGCGCUUUCGAGCGAGAGGUGGAUAAGCGCUGCACGAUGGGCGAAGUGAUCAGCAUUUUGAACGAGUACAGCCGGGCGUAUAUACAGUAA